AUGGGAAGUACUAUACCCCCAGCUCAGCAUGCAAGACUGCUCUGUCGCCAGAACCUGUUGACCAACACGGCUGGGAUUGCCCCUGGCUAUCUACAAGCGAACUUGCUUGUCCUGCCAGCAAAAUAUGCCUCCGACUUCCACGAUCUAUGUCUCCGGAACCCUGUCCCCUGUCCAUUGUUGGGCAUGACGGCGGAUCCCGGUGACCCGAGUGCUGUUCGCCCUGCAGAAUGUAUACAAUCGUCGGACUUUGAUGUUCGAACUGAUUUUCCCAGAUACCGAAUUUACUCGGGCGGUAAAUUAAUGGACAGUCGAAGUGACCUGGUGGAAGUGUGGGGGAAUGAUCACGUCGCAUUUCUGAUCGGCUGCUCAUUCUCCUUUGAAAAUGCCUUGACGGCGGCAGGCUUGCCCCCGCGUCACCAAGCAACAGGGACACUAGUUGCCAUGUAUCGAUCCAACAUCCCCUUGUUGCCCGCGGGAGUAUUUACCGGGGGCAACUGUAUUGUCUCAAUGCGACCGUAUCGCCCAGAAGAAAUCGAGGAAGUGCGUGCCAUCACGCGGGCGUAUCGAUUGACACACGGAGAACCCGUCGCUUGGGGGUGGGAUGGCGCGAGGCAACUGGGAAUCGUUGACGUGAGCAAGCCAGAUUUUGGACAGCCUCAAACCUUCAAGGAAGGUGAAGUUCCGGUGUUUUGGGCGUGCGGUGUGACACCUCAGAUGGCCGUCGAGGCAGCAGGGGAUAAGAUCAAAGGCCUUGUUUUUGCGCAUGAACCAGGCCAUAUGCUAAUUACAGACUUGACAUCUGACGCUCUCCAGAGUUCGAAGCCAAGAAAUAUAUAA